AUGGCCACCCCCAGUGUUCUCACCUUUGACGCUGAGGGUCGGGCUAUUGAAUUUGAGGUCUGGGUAGAUGCUCUGCAGCUUUUCCUACAGUGCGAUAGGGCAGACGGUCUCUCCCUCUUUGAUCUCACUUCUGGUGCCUCUCCUGCCCCUGCUGCUGAUGGUGACGCCACUGUUUGGUCACAGUGGGCCACGCGCGAUGCUGUUGCCCGCCUUGCUAUGCGCCACCACUUACCGACCGCUGAGCGCGCGCAUUUCAGUCUUCGGUCGGCGCGGCGUUUGCCCCUAGCGGGAGACGCCGCUCAGGCAAGGGCAAGGGGGGCAAGGGCGCUGGAGGAGCUGGCGGGGGCGGUGGAGGCGGCGGUGGAGAUGGCGGAGGGGGUGGCGGUGGUGGUGGGAGUGGUGGCGGGGGUGGGGGCACUAGUGGCGGCAGUGGAGGCGGAGAAGGAGGCGAUGGUGGCAGUGCGGGCGGAGGUGGCGGAGGUGGAGGCGGUCGUGGAGGUAGCGGCGGCGGAGGUGGAGCUGGUCGGGGCGGCUCUACGCAGAGGGUCGGCUCCGGUGGUGCGGGGUGGGGGUGCUGGCCCCUGUACCUACGAUCUCCGUACCGGCGACCGCGCGGGUGAGCAGUGUGGGGGUCCGCACUCCACCCAGCGCUGCUUCGGCCGUCUGACGUACGCUUCGCGUCACCCAUUCCCCAACGCUAUUGAGAUCCCUCGAUGGGGCGAGCUGUUUAGGGCGGGUGUUGCGAUCUUUGAUCUUCACUAUGAUGCUAUUCUUGCUGCCAUGUAUGCUGUGACUAUUAGUGAUGAGGGUGACUGUUACCGGUGCUUUCCGCCUGACCCGGGCAUUAAGGCUGCUGCUCUAGGUGCUGGUGAGGCUGCUGCUCUAGGUGCCAGUGAGUCUACUGCCCCAGGUGCUGGUGAGUCUGCGCUCUCAGGUACCGCGUCGGCUCUGGCCACCUACACCUUCACCCUUGACUCGGGUGCUUCCCGCUCCUUCUUUUGA